AUGGGACGAACGGUGGUGGUGGAUGAGACGGGGGUCGAGGCCCACACGCAACAGCGGCUCUUUGCUGCUGAUCCCGAAGAUUGCUUCGUAAUUGGGCUCAUUCCCACCCCGCUCCCUGAAGUGGAACCCACCGCUGGCAAGAAGAAGAAGCUCUCGCCCGUUGAUGUGCUCGACGCUGAGUGGAUGAGCGAGCACGCACACCAGGUGAAUAGGAUGCUGCCGGGCGGGCUGGCGAUCGUGGGCGCCUACCUCUUCGCCGGCGCCGAUGCGUCGGCCGCCCUGCUGCCCAAAAUGCAUCUUCUGCUCCACAGCAUCAGGGAGGCGGCCGGGUAUCGGGGCAAGCAGGGCGGGCCGUCGGAGCUCCUUCUCCUCCAGAUCGCGUCUGACACCAAGAAGUACACGGCCAAGAGCAUCGACAUAACGAACAAGAAGGGCGACACCAAGCCCGUAGAUUUGGUGUUCCAGAGCAUCGCAUCCUCGUUCCAAUGCUUCACGUGUUCGGUCGAUGUCUCCCUGGCCAUCACGCUCUCCCCUGGACAGAGCCCGCGCGAGCAAAUUGAGGCUGCGCUCGAGCGAGAGGCAGAGGCGCUGCGCAAGGGCGUGGUGCUUGUCAACCGAACUGUAGUGGACGAAGAUGCCCCCAUCUGCGGCAACAAAAAGUCUGGCGGAAAGGGCGAUGCGAAGGGCAAGAAGAAGGCGAAGCCAGGCAACCUCCCUGCCUACGCUGUGCACGCCGUUGACAUCUUCACCGAGGGCCUCCCCUCCUCACUCACCGGAGCAAGUCCCUCCAAGGACGCCCUAGGCACCUUUACCUUCAGCGGUUCGAUCCUCGGGCGUGCCUACUGCCACCCCAAGAACAGCUACGGGGCGGCGAUCGCCGCGCUGAAGGCCGACAUCGGCAAAUCGCUGGCCGCGCGAUUCGAUUUCCUCUGCGAGGAGCUCGAACGACGCGAGUCCGACCUCAAGGAGCGCAAGAAGAAAGCCUCGUCUGAUGAGCUGUUCAAUCCGUUCGGGGAGAGCAAGCAGGGCCCCAAGUUCGAGCAGCGGUGGGGUCUUCCCCAGCGCGUCUUCUUCCCGUUCGUCAAGCCCCUCCUCGUCGCCGACUACCUCAUGCCCUUCGAGACCGUGCGGGAGGACUGCUGCGAGCGGGCCAAGGCGCUGCUUGACCUGCAGCCGAGCGAGCAGGACUUUGUCACACCCGAACGCUUCGCCUCAGAUGACCUGGAGGCCGAGCUGUCGUCGACCACCACGCCGACCAGGGGAGCGGCGGCCAAGAAAGCGAAGACGACACAGGAAACGAAGACGAAGGCGAAGGCGAAGAAGCCGACGGAGGAGACAGAGGACGACGAGGAGGAAGCGGAGGAGGACAUCAAGGGCGCUCUUUCGCCGAGACUGCUGGCGCACGCCGAACCCGAGCCUGGCGGCGGCACCGUGGCCAGGAGGGAGGAGCGCAGCAGCAGCAGCAGCGCAGUGGUUAUCGGUCUGGCGCUGGCCGCCCUGAUCGCCCUGCUGGCCAUCGCCUCCCUCGGUGUCCUCGGUUGA